CCUCAUCUAAAGAUUCCUUUUUUUUUCCUUCCUUCCCUCUUUUUUCUCCUAUAUAUAUACGCACAUAUAUUUAUAUAUAUUUUCUCGAAGGCAACUUUUUCCGGCGAAGCCGGCCAUUCUCCGAUCACUCACCGUAUAAUAUCUUCCUUCUUCGUCGUCGCCAUUCUCGCCCUCCUCUGAGAUUUCUGUAGUGAGAAAAAAUUGGGAGACAUGGAUGGAGCUAACAGAGAAACGGGGCUAAGAAACGUGGGCUCUCAUUGCUCCAUCUCCGAUAUGGAUGACUACGAUCUCUCUCGGCUUCUCGAUAAGCCCAGGAUCAACAUUGAAAGGAAGAGGUCUUUCGAUGAGAGGUCACUCAGCGAGCUCUCUAUUGGUCUCGGCAGAGUUGGAUUGGACAACUUGGACAGUUCUUCACCUGGUUACCGCUCUGGUUUUGACACUCCGGCUUCCUCUGCUCGUAACUCCUUUGAGCCACAUCCAAUGGUGGCUGAGGCAUGGGAUGCCCUCCGCCGUUCUCUGGUCCACUUCCGUGACCAACCAGUUGGUACCAUUGCUGCGUAUGAUCAUGCUUCGGAGGAAGUUUUGAACUAUGAUCAGGUUUUCGUACGUGAUUUUGUACCAAGUGCUCUGGCUUUUCUAAUGAAUGGUGAACCAGAGAUAGUGAAGAACUUCCUUUUGAAGACGCUGCAGCUUCAAGGGUGGGAGAAAAGAAUAGACCGGUUCAAGCUUGGGGAAGGAGCUAUGCCUGCUAGCUUUAAAGUUCUUCAUGAUCCUGUCCGGAAAACGGAUACCAUUGUUGCAGAUUUUGGUGAGAGCGCAAUUGGUAGAGUUGCUCCUGUCGACUCUGGUUUCUGGUGGAUUAUUCUGCUUCGUGCGUAUACGAAGUCAACAGGGGAUUUGACUCUGGCGGAAACACCUGAGUGUCAGAAGGGAAUGAAGCUUAUAUUAACUCUAUGUCUGUCAGAGGGUUUUGAUACAUUCCCAACUUUGCUUUGUGCUGAUGGUUGCUCUAUGAUUGAUAGAAGAAUGGGUAUUUAUGGUUAUCCUAUUGAAAUUCAAGCUCUCUUCUUUAUGGCAUUGAGAUGUGCUUUGCAAUUGCUUAAGCAUGAUGCAGAAGGAAAAGAAUGUAUAGAGCGAAUUGUUAAGCGUUUGCAUGCUCUAAGUUAUCACAUGAGAAGUUAUUUCUGGCUUGAUUUUCAACAACUAAAUGACAUAUAUCGUUACAAGACAGAGGAGUAUUCACACACAGCAGUAAAUAAGUUUAAUGUGAUUCCUGAUUCAAUCCCAGAAUGGGUAUUUGAAUUUAUGCCCACACGUGGAGGCUACUUCAUUGGUAAUGUCAGUCCAGCAAGGAUGGAUUUUCGUUGGUUCUGUUUAGGUAACUGUGUUGCCAUUCUAUCUUCUCUUGCCACUCCAGAGCAAUCUAUGGCUAUCAUGGAUCUUAUUGAAGCUCGCUGGGAAGAGUUAGUUGGUGAAAUGCCUUUGAAAAUUGCCUAUCCGGCAAUUGAAAGUCACGAGUGGCGAAUUGUAACCGGUUGUGAUCCAAAGAAUACCAGAUGGAGUUACCACAAUGGAGGAUCUUGGCCAGUUCUGUUGUGGCUUCUGACGGCUGCUUGCAUCAAAACGGGACGACCACAGAUUGCAAGGCGAGCUAUUGAGCUCGCUGAGAGUCGUUUACUAAAGGAUGGCUGGCCAGAAUAUUAUGAUGGGAAGCUUGGUAGAUAUGUUGGUAAACAAGCAAGGAAACACCAAACAUGGUCGAUUGCAGGAUAUUUGGUGGCAAAGAUGAUGUUAGAGGAUCCUUCCCACUUGGGGAUGAUCUCCUUGGAAGAGGACAAGCAGAUGAAGCCUCUUAUUAAGCGAUCGAAUUCUUGGAAUUGCUGAAAAACUCGAGCAAAGUUGAACAAAUGGGGAAAAAUGGAAGGUGAGCAAUGUUUUUUUUCAAUACAAAAAAAGACUAUUCUUUGGUGGCUUGUUCGUGUAGUAGGUUUGGGUUUUGGUUUUGUGUACAACAUCUGCUCAGACUACUCUUUUGCUCUAAAAAUAAAAAGAUACAUUCGAGAUGCAACUUUGUUUUCUCCCUGUUUAAAAACCGUGGCUGCAAUCUGCUAAUGGGCAUAUUUUGCCUAAUAAUUAAUGGUCUUAGAGCUUGUUUUGUUUGUUUUUGAUACCAAAGAGACUGAUUUAUCUAAUGAUCUUUUUUGUACUAAAUUUUUAGUUACUCUA